UGAGAUUUGAAAAUUCGGGCAGAUGAAUGAAGCCCAGACGCCAUGGAAGAGCCAGAGUAUGGACACCGAGUACAGUCAAGGAGAAGACGAUAGCGAGGAGCCGCUUCUUUUGCAGAGGCGCCUGCCGGCCUUGACGCGCCCGCGCGCGUGGGGCUGCAUUCUCGUCUCCGUGGCCUUUGCUGCCGGCAUGUUCCUCAUCACGAGGGCGACCGGCGGCGUCUCCCGGACUUCCCGCCGGCCGGUGGAGGAGCUAUACACCUUCGGCACGCCGGGCACAGUGAAGGGAACGCUGCGAGACUUCUCCCGGCUGGACGGCUGCUUCGGAGGGCUCCGAGUCUACAUGAGGAGCUCCCGCCCCGGGUGGCGGGUGAAGGUCCCGGUCUACGACCCGGUGGCAUGGAUCACGGAGCAAUUCGGGUACAGCCACCCCCAGAUGGAGUUUAUGGAGCUCUCCGAGCACAACCUCCAUGAGCACAGCGUCUCUCCCUGCCGCGCCUCGGCGCGGGAUCCGGAGGCGGACUCCUUCUGGUGGAUCGAGGGGCACACCGCCUACGAGGCAACGCUGAAACACCACCUCGCCCGUUCGAACCCUGAGGACUUGCACGUCGAGACCAAAGCGUUCAGCGAGUUGAGCCGACUACAGAAGGCCUAUUUGAUGUGCCACUUCUCCUUCGUAAUCUACGCUCCGCAGAUGCAGACCCUCCAUGUGGAUGCCCUGCAGUGGGGUUGGAAUCUGGUGGGCUACGCCGGGUCCAGGCCUAAGGCCACCAGAGACUCAAUCGUGAUUUUCCACGACCAUGCAGCCCUGUACCAGAAUCCAAGGAGCCUAGAGUGUGCUUUGGCCUUUGAGGGAAGCGACCGUUCAGACGUCAGCGACUGGGUCUAUGACGCGGACAUCUACGCUACGGACUUUUGCGGGCAGAGGGAAGUGCACAAUGGCUUCGCGGAGAAGCUGCGGGCCAUGCUGCGCAGCCAGGACUAUGAUGAGGCCAUCCGCUCAAAGCUGCCCUUCUGCUCGGAGCUGCUGGUGACGGGGCACUCCAUGGGCGGCGCCCAAGCGGAGCUCUUCUCCGCCUGCGCCAACAACGGCCGCGCCUCCGCCAGGGCCAAGGCAUCCAGUGACUACGGCCUGGUAGCGGUGGGGCUGCAGAGCCCAAAGCUUCUGAGGCCCUUCCUGCAGCAGGUGCCGGGGGUGUUUCUGCAGAACCACUUCAGCGGCCUGUGCCUGGAUGUGGCGGGCCAUAUUCAAACCUUGGCCGGCAGCUCCGUUGUGGCAGCGCCCUGCCACGACACCCACCAGCGCUGGAGUCCUCAGGAGGACCGGGUGGUGAACCAAGAAACGGGGCAUUGCCUGACAGCACAGAAGAAGGGAGCGAUCCAGGCGCCCUGUGUUCUCCACGCGCAGAAUCAGUCCUGGAACCACACAGAGCAGGGCCUUCUCAUUAGCAGGUCAGAGGACAUGUGCCUCAACGCGGACCUGAAGUGGUACAGGCGCGGAAUGAUCAGGUAG